AUGGGAAACAACCUGAACCCGACGCCCCUGCUCUUCAACGACGUGUAUUUUAGUCGCUGGGAGGAGCCGACAGCCCCGUCCCCGUCUAUAUGGGCGCCGUUUCCCCGCCUCCCAGCCGAACUGCGUUUGCGCAUCUGGCUGCUUUCUCUCCAGCAGCACCGCAUGAUUGAGGUCGAUCUCCACCCUACCACCGGCGACGACGAUGCUCCCCAGUACGCCGACAGUAACCAUCUCGGUCGGAUUAUCAGCGGCCGGAGCCGGAGCUACACCUCGCGUCUCCGGGGCCGCGGAUCCUAUGCGGCGUCCCUCACCUCACUAACACUCCUCCGCGUCAGUUGCGAGGCGAGGGCAGCCGCACUCAGCUUCUACCACAUACAUCUGCCCUUAGGUACAGGGCAGGUCCUAUACCUCAGCUCCGAGUACGACGUCAUCUAUGUCCGACCCCGGCGGCCUAAACCUAUUAAUAGGCCGCCGGAGACCGACCCCGAUCCCGAAUUCGGUACCAUCCUCGUCGACUUUUUACACGAUGCCCGAGCCUACGAUUACAAGGACCAAGGAGUUAGCCACCUCGUACUAGAUAAAGAGAUUCGCCACUACCUGCUCGGCUGGUUCGAGGAGUGUGUGAAUUUAACCCCGGAAAUGCUCCACCCAGCCGCAGCGACGUCGUUUGCCGAUAUCCUCCGCUAUAAGCUCCGUUCCCUGCUCUGCGUCGUCGAUUUCGGACGUUCUACGAGGGGCAUGGGCGCCCCCCCAUUAGGGGGCGGGUGGCGCUCCCACUUCGCCCAAACGUUCCCCCUCCGUCGACGAGGCCAUGUAACAGGGGCCUUCCACUGGCUCCAAGCCGACCCGCGACCCGGCGUUGACCUCGACCUCCGCCAGCUCCCUAUCAAGGAUGAUCCCCAUCUAAUGUUACGAAACUGGCGGCGACUGGAACACCUUUUCGGAGUAACAAGAAAUCAGCAAGCUAACCGAGAAAACAAUGACGACUGCGGUUUUUGCCUUUAUGUCUGCCCUACCAAGAACUGGUCGACUCUAGAUAUGCAUCGGAUAGGUGGGGCCGGGAUGCGUUGGGCCACGAGGUGGAAUGUACAGGAGAUGGAAGCAGAGGCGGAGGCAGUAUGGUCGCGGGACGAGCUGGCGCAGUACCUCCAAUACGAGGCUGAGGAUUGGGACGAGCAGCGCUGGUACCUCACCCGCGUCUUCGGGGGCACCCACCAAUCUCCAAAGUAUAGCUCUGACUCUCGAGAGGAGGCGGAAAUAUUUGAGGCGAUGGAGCAGCUGCCCUGUACGGCCAUCGGCAUGUGGCUUUUCCCUGCCAAAGCUUUCCCGCCGCCCACCAUUCCCCAGCUGCUCUCUUUCAACCUUUCGGCCGUCCGCCCCAGUCUACUUCUAUUUGAGGUUUAA